AUGCAUCGUCGCGUCUGGGAGUUUUAUUCGCGCGAACAGACACAGGGAGAGAUUUUACGCCUAAAAAAUGUGCGCGUAAAAACAUCUCUCUCUGCGAGUGGUGUGACGGUGUGGUGUCGCGAAGGACGUGUCGCACUUUUCGUACCUUCGAUAUGUUCUGGAAAGGGUAUCGAUCUCGAAGCUGGCGGCCGCAACAAAAAGACGAAGCGCACUUCGCAAAAGUCCGAAAACGUCUACUUGGCGUUGUUGGUGAAACUCUACCGUUUCCUCGCGAGAAGAACGGACUCUAAAUUCAACCAAACGGUAUUGAAGAGAUUAUUCAUGUCGAAAACGAACCGACCGCCGUUGUCGCUGUCCAAACUCGCGAAGUUUAUGAAGGGCAAAGAAGGGAAGGUGGCGUGCGUCGUCGGAACCAUCACGGACGACGUGAGAAUGUUUGAAGUGCCGAAAUUGACGGUGUGCGCGUUGAGAUUUACCGCGACGGCUCGCGCGAGAAUCGUCAAGGCUGGUGGUGAGUGCUUGACGUUCGAUCAGUUGGCGUUGAAGGCGCCGACUGGCGAAGGCGUCGUGCUUUUGAGAGGUCCGAAGAACUCCAGAGAAGCCGUCAAGCACUUUGGCGCGCCGGGUGUGCCGCACUCGCACGCCAAGCCGUACGUGCAGCACAAGGGGAGAAAGUUUGAAAAGGCGCGAGGUAGAAGAGCGUCCAGAGGCUACAAGGCUUAA